AUGGGUUCUGAGAAUGGAAUAAACAAGUCAUUGAACAAAAUAGUACCAAUCUGGAUGUCAAGGCUCUAUAAAGACCCUGCACUUGGCUACAAGAAGAAAAUGAGGAGAGUAAUGGAGAAAAAAGAAAAUCCUUCUGACUUAGCUACGAAGAGGCAUUCUGACUCCAGUGACUUUCAGCCUUCAGUCGAAAAGAUAGUAAUUCCAAGGAUCGAACCGGAUAUUAGAAGUGCCUUCUUUACCUUCACAAACAUAAGCAUAAAAACAGAAGAUGAUCCUGUUUUGAGAUUUGUUCCAUGUAUACCAGGUGCAUUUGGGCUUAUAAAUCUAGCAGAAUUCAAAGAGAUAGGACUAUUGGAAAAACAAUGGCCAUGCAGUAAGAAAACAGAAGAAGGGGCAUUUUAUAAUAGCUUUGACGCUGUGGAUGGAUUGAGGCACAAUGAGAAAUAUUCUAAGGGUGGUGAACUUUUAGAAAUGAGAAGGUUGUUUUGCAACGUGUGUUUCAUCUUCGGAUGUAAAUGGCACUCCAGGACAAAAGGGGUCUGCAUUAAGCCUGUAGGAUUUGAAAGUAAUCCAUCAGGCUCAAAAUCCGAAUCUAAAGAAGUUUGUGGGGAGGUGUGCAAGAAAAUGAAAAGGUUACAUAAAAGUAUCACAAAGAACGACAUAGAUCAAUCGACCUACAGUGUUCUUUACAGGGAUUGCUGGAUGUCCCAAGGAUAUGGAUGCAUAGCAUCCUUACUUUUCUACCUUAGACAUAGAAAAUAUAUACCAUGCGAAGAAAUAAAGGAAUCUUGUGCAGCUUUGGUAGGGCGCCAUAAGUAUGUAAUAGGAAAUAAUAACAGAGGCAAUAUAGAUCCCUCUGCCUUCUUUACACCCUGCGACCAUCCUGGAGACUGUGUAGAAAACAAUGGAUGCAUAUGUGCAUCUAACAGGACUAACUGUGAGAUGUCAUGCCUUUGCGUGGGAUGUAAAAACUUCUUCAUGGGGUGUAUGUGUCCUGUGGCAUGUGAUGAUAAAUGUGCAUGCAGACGAGCAAUGAGGGAAUGCAUACAAAUAUGUUCAUGUAGCUUAUGUGGAAACAAGGAUUUACAGAUGGGCAAUGCAGAGCCAACAUUUGUGGCACCUAGCGGGGUGGAAGGAUACGGCUUGUUUGCUAAGGAGAAGAUAUCGAGAGGCAAGUUUGUUAUUGAAUAUGUAGGAGAGAUAAUAAGCAACGAAGAGGCUGAGAGAAGGGGAGCCUUUUACGAUCUGAGAGGAUGUUCGUAUCUGUUUGAUCUGUAUAACAGGGGAGGAAUUCCUCUCUAUGUCGUUGAUUCUAGGUUCAUAGGAAAUAGGUCCAGAUUCAUCAACCACUCGAAAAAGAAUCCAAAUCUAAAUGUAUCCAUUCUACUUGUGAAUGGGAUUAGACGGAUUGGAUUUUAUGCAAGUAGAGACAUAGAUAAGAAUGAAGAGUUAUUCUUUGACUAUGGAUACAGUGAAGAGCAUAAGAAGAAGCAUGGAAUAGUAGACUGA